AUGAGGGACGAUGAGGGACUUGCUGAGCUUCUGGUCCUGCUGUACUGUGUUGUGAGUGCAUCAGGGGUCAGAGGUCAUACCAAAAUGUCCUUCAUGGUGGCUCUUGGCCUGGUCACUACAGAGACACUGGAAGAGAUCCAGACCAAGAGACAGGAGAGGAAGAGGCGGAGUACAGCCAACCCAGCCUACAGCGGCCUGGUCCAACCAGAGGAAGAGCUGGAGCACGACGACCACUGCUCUGUGUGUAAGGGGGACGGAGAGCUGCAGCUGUGCCACAACUGCCCCAGAGCCUACCACCCUGACUGCCUGCACCCACCUCUCAAAACACCGCCCCGGGGGGUCUGGGUUUGCACCAAGUGUCAGAAGAAGGUUCUGAACAAAGAGAACAUGUCGUGGCCACAGAACUUUGUCCAGUCCUAUGUGACACACAAGACGGUGAGAGAGGGGGAGAAGAGGAGUCUGCUCAGGAGGAAUGUAGAGCUGAAGAAGGAGUGUGCUCACCUGGAGGAACAGGAUCAGCAACUCAGCAAGUCCCUCACGCAGAAGGUGAUGGACGUGCGGGAGCGUCUGAUUGGUCAACAGAGGGACACCCAGUCCUCCCUGGAGCGUCUCAAGGCUCUGAUUCGUCUGAUCCAAAGAGACCAGAUGAUCCAGGUUACCAUGACAGCCACCGCCACCACCACCGGAGUGUCCCUGCUCUCCCUGCCCUGGAUCAAACCCGCCGCCACACACACAGUGCCCCCUGCUGGACCGUCUAUGCUACUGCAGCAGAAGGCUCUGGUCAUGCCACAGUCUCAGACACAUGCUCAGGGCAAUGUCUGAGCUCUAGUAGUACCACCCUGGCCCACCAGGGGGCCACAGUUCACAGUCCAAGGCUGUGCCACAAAUGGCACUCUAUUCCCUAUAUAGUGUAGAACUUUUAAUAAACGGACCCAUAGGGGAAGUUUCAAAGACAUGUCCAUUUGACAUCAGAGCCCUGGUCUAUAGUAGUGUAUUAUAUAGGGAAUAGGGCUCUGGUCUAUAGUAGUGUAUUAUAUAGGGAAUAGGGCUCUGGUCUAUAGUAGUGUACUAUAUAGGGAAUAGGGCUCUGGUCUAUAGUAGUGUACUAUAUAGGGAAUAGGGCUCUGGUCUAAAGUAGUGUACUAUAUAGGGAAUAGGGCUCUGGUCUAAAGUAGUGUACUAUAUAGGGAAUGGGGCUCUGGUCUAAAGUAGUGCACUAUAUAGGGUAUAGGGCUCUGGUCUAAAGUAGUGUACUAUAUAGGGAAUAGGGCUCUGGUCUAAAGUAGUGCACUAUAUAGGGAAUAGGGGUCUGGUCUAACGUAGUGCACUAUAUAGGGAAUAGGGCUCUGGUCUAAAGUAGUGCACUAUAUAGGGAAUAGGGGUCUGGUCUAAAGUAGUGCACUCUAUAGGCAAUGGGGCUCUGGUCUAAAGUAGUGCACUAUAUAGGGAAUAGGGCUGUUGUCUAAAGUAGUGCACUAUAUAGGGAAUGGGGCUCUGGUCUAAAGUAGUACACUCUAUAGGGAAUGGGGCUCUGGUCUAAAGUAGUACACUCUAUAGGGAAUGGGGCUCUGGUCUAACGUAGUGCACUAUAUAGGGAAUAGGGCUCUGGUCUACAGUAGUGCACUAUAUAGAGGGGAAUAGGGCUCUGGUCUAACGUAGUGCACUAUAUAGGGAAUAGGGCUCUGGUCUAAAGUAGUGCACUAUUUAGGGGGGAAUAGGGCUCUGGUCUAAAGUAGUGCACUAUAUAGAGGGGAAUAGGGCUUUGGUCUAAAGUAGUGUACUAUAUAGGGAAAGGGGCUCUGGUCUAAAGUAGUGCACUAUAUAGGGAAUAGGGGUCUGGUCUAAAGUAGUGCACUCUAUAGGGAAUGGGGCUCUGGUCUAAAGUAGUGCACUAUAUAGGGAAUAGGGCUCUGGUCUACAGUAGUGCACUAUAUAGGGGGGAAUUAGGGCUUUGGUCUAAAGUAGUGCACUCUAUAGGGAAUAGGGUGCCAUUUGGGACUCAUCGAAGUAUCCAUGCCACGUGGCCACCUGUCACAGAGACAUUGAAGACAGCGGAGGGUUUUUUAGAAGAAGAAGAGGUCAGAGACUCCAUUGAAACCAUUGAAUAUCAGUGAACGGUUGAAGAGCUGGAGGGGGACGAACGAGAAACACACAAGAAAACACAUCUUCCUUUUCACUACAUUUCAUGAUAAGUAUUUUUUAAACCCAACACCUACAGUGCUUACGAGAUUUAUUUUAUUUAUAGUUUUUUUUUUUUUUUGUAUUUAUUAUUGUAAUUAUUAAUGUUUCUUGGCCUUAAUGUAUUUACUCUGACUGUAAAGAAGCUAGAUCACAGUGCUGCAAAUUAAAUAGGUAUUUUCUGUGUGGCCGAAAAAUAUUUUAGAUUUUUUUUAUUUUAUAAACUGGUAUAAUAUUUGUUCUGCAUAUAGAGAGAGAGACAACGCUAGCAUAGUUACAAAUGAACAAUGGAAGGAUAUGAAGAAGUGGGAACAAAGGACUGUACUGCUAUAAAUCAGAGUAGGUCUCUGUGAACAACAUUUGCCAUAAUUAUCAGGUGAUUAAGGGGGAAAAGGGAGAGAAGUUUUCAUUGUGUAUGUACGGGGAAAAAACAUACAAGCCUUCAAAAACAAAAAACAAGAGAAUCACUUUUUUCUCUCUCAGUAUUAGUAUAGUUUAAAGAGAGAAAAAAGGUAUUUAUAGACAACUACAGAAUUUAGUCUUUCUAGAGGAGAGUUGAGUAUUUUCAUGCUGUUGAUGACUUAGUUUGAGUAUUGAGGAGUAUUGAUGGAAGGGAUGUUCUCGUUGUAUAUAGGUUGUAUAAUUAUCCCAGGUCCUUCUCCAUGUUACUGUUACGGGAUUCACACCAACAACAAGUCAGAAGCGGCCAUUUUGAACCAUCCUGUCGUUGUGUGAUCCAAACCAUUUUAAUCCUUUUCUUUUCACCACUAUAGAAAAUAUGCCAAAAAAACAUUACAUUUAGUACUGGGAAAUCCUGUGUACGUAUCAAAUAUGUCUGGCAUGCUUUUGUAUCCCUGCCUGGUUUUGUAUAUUUAAAAAUAUAUAUUUUGUCGUUUUCA